AUGUCGGGUCGUGGUAAGGGUGGAAAAGGGCUUGGAAAGGGAGGAGCCAAGCGUCACAGGAAGGUGUUGCGUGACAAUAUUCAGGGCAUCACGAAGCCCGCCAUCCGGCGUCUGGCACGUCGAGGUGGCGUAAAACGCAUCUCUGGGCUCAUCUACGAGGAGACCCGAGGUGUGCUCAAAGUCUUCCUGGAGAACGUCAUCCGUGACGCCGUCACGUACACCGAGCACGCGAAGCGCAAGACCGUCACUGCCAUGGACGUGGUGUAUGCUCUUAAACGCCAGGGUCGUACCCUCUACGGCUUUGGCGCUAGGGUCCGAGCAGCCCGGCUCAAGCUGAUUUCUCACAAGCACGACUUGCCCAGUGAGAGACAGAGAUGGGUAGAAAACAGUGCGCAUAACUCUCCUGCCAUGAGCACCCACUCUGCCACCGCCUGGCGAAAAUGA